UCUACUUGAUCGGCAAUCGUCGUUAUUUUUGUUUUGAUAAGCCAGCACCUAAUUUCUGGCUUUUUGCGUGUUUUUGCAAUCAAUUCGCUUGAAAUUACCUCAUAUCUCGCGAAUACAACAUGUCAAAAGAGAUUAACGAGUCAGAGAUGAUCGAAAUUAUCGAUUUCGUUGAUGAUUUCAACGAUGAAAAUAUUUCCAAGGAAACUGAACAACUCCUUACGACAUUUUUCACUAAUGUCGAUGAUGAUUCCUUCUUCGAGGGACUAGAUGACACCGCAGAAACCGAAUACACCUGCCCUUUGUGUCAGGAAAUCUUCUUGGGUAAGCGAGCUAUGCGAACUCAUGUUAGUCGAUACUUCAAGCACAUUUGCGAGACUUGUGACAAAAGAUAUUUCCGAGCGAAAUACUUGCAAACACAUCUGAAGAACGCCCAUUUGCCAUCGAAAAACCUCGAAUGUCCCCUUUGUGAUAAAGUCUUCAAGGCAGUGAACAACUUGAAGCAACAUUUGCUACUUCACAGCGAGGCGCGUUCAUUUGUCUGCACUUUCGAUGGAUGCGACAAGGCGUUUAAGCAAAAGCCGGGCUUGCAACAACACAUUCGCUUCAUGCACAAUCCGAAUGCCAACUUUUGUCGGGUUUGCCGGAAAAGAGUAACGAAUUUGGAGAAACACAAUGAGAAUGAGCAUCCGAACGGAACGAGCUCGAAACGGAAGAAAAAGACUAAAAAGAGAGCGGAGACUAAAGUUUUGCAGGAAUCAAAUCAGGAUGAUGACACAGAGUAUUAUUAUGAGCAGCCAACAUCAAAAGAUUCCAAGGAAAAUCAAACAAUCAAACGUAGAUCUACCAAUACUACCGCAAAAGUGGGUCCCGCAAAGAAACUUAAGAUGUCAAGUGAUGAAGCCUCGGACGACGACGACGAGCUCUCAGCAACUUGGAAGUUUGACAGUGAUGACGAAAAUUUCAAGGAACAAGCAAACGAAUAUGCCUAUGUUGUCUUGGGGUGACUGGCUAGCAAUAAGAGUUUACAAAGUAGAGAUUUAAGUACGUAAAUGUUUAUUUUUUUGAUGAUAUGUAGCUCUAAUCUUUUGAAUCAAACAAGUGAAAGAAACAGAAAAAUAUUAUUAAAAAUGAAAAUUCAAAUAUUACUCACUUUUUGAUUGACAUUCUCAAUACUAACUCCCACAUCACUUGACUAGGAGCAAUGGAUAUUACGAUAAUUUGCUACUAAAUAAGCGCAUUUUAUACAAAACCGUCUGGAUUUCAGGCGGACAAAAUCUAUUUUUUUUUUGUAAAUAUUUAAACCUUGAAUAUAAUUGUUAGAUCAAUCGAUCAUACACAUUUGAUUUAAUCCUUUCUAAACUUCUCCUUUUGAGAAACAAAGUGAACCUUUGAUGUCAUAUUUGUUAGAGAAAAACG